CUCCUCUCCUCCUCGCGCCACACCUCCCCUGGGAGCGGGGGGCCGCAGCCCCGGCAGGAGGGAGGCGGUGCGGGCCGAGCAGACGUUUGCCCCUGCAUCUUCGAGUCUCCGCGGGCUGAGACAUGCGGCGCUGCCCCCUGCCCAGGCUCGCUGCGGCCCGCGCCGGGAGGAGGAGGAGGGCUGCAGAACCCGCACCUGCGAACUCGCCCUAGAAGUCCGUGGGUGCGGCGGGGGCCCCUCCGCCCCGCCCACGCCCGCCACCUCUCCGCGGGUGGCCUCAUCCCCCUGUCCUGGGACCUGCGCCAAUGACCCUGCUGGCGCUUUCGCUCUCUCCCCUCGCGGCGGUGUGAACGCUCGUCCGCAGCGCGAUGGGCAACCAGGUGGAGAAGCUGACGCACCUGAGUUACAAGGAAGUUCCCACGGCCGACCCCACCGGCGUGGACCGAGACGACGGGCCCCGCAUCGGGGUCUCCUACAUCUUCUCCAACGACGACGAGGACGUGGAGCCGCAGCCCCCGCCGCAGGGACCCGAGGACGGCGGGGACCGGCAGCCGCUGCCCGCGCCGCAGCCCUACGACCCGCGGCUGCACGAGGUGGAGUGCUCCGUGUUCUACCGCGACGAGUGCAUCUAUGAGAAGAGCUUCGCGCCGGGCUCGACGGCGCUGAGCACCUACACGCCCGAGAAUCUGCUCAACAAGUGCAGCCCGGGCGACCUGGUGGAGUUCGUGUCGCAGGCGCAGUACCCGCACUGGGCGGUGUACGUGGGCAACUUCCAGGUGGUGCACCUGCACCGCCUGGAGGUGAGCAACAGCUUCCUGACGGACGCCAGCCAGGGCCGUCGCGGCCGCGUGGUCAACGAUCUGUACCGCUACAAGCCGCUGAGCCCCAGCGCUGUGGUGCGCAACGCGCUGGCGCACGUGGGCGCCAAGGAGCGCGAGCUGAGCUGGCGCAACUCGGAGAGCUUUGCCGCCUGGUGCCGCUAUGGCAAGCGGGAGUUCAAGAUCGGCGGCGAGCUGCGCAUCGGCAAGCAGCCCUACCGCUUGCAGAUUCAGCUCUCGGCGCAGCGCAGCCACACGCUGGAGUUCCAGAGCCUGGAGGACCUGAUCAUGGAGAAGCGGCGCAACGACCAGAUCGGGCGCGCCGCUGUGCUGCAAGAACUCGCCAUGCACCUGCACCCGACCGAGCCCGAGGAGGGCGACGGCGAUGCCGCGCGGACUACGCCGCCUCGCGGACGCCCCCCUGCGCGGGCCCCCGAGGAGGAGGAGAACGGAGAGCCGGUGGCGCACUGACCCGCGGAGCUGAGCCCAGAGCUGCAGAAGGGGAGCUGUUUGCAGCCGCCGCUGCCCCCUUCCUCCCUAUCCCUCCCUCCCCCAGUCACCUCUGGGUCCCAUCUGGGAUUCUGGGCCCUUUGAUAAACGGAGAGUUGGUGGAGUGCGCAGCCGGCUGUGGACGGGGGAGGAGAGGAAGGGGACAGAGGGAGCAGGAAUAAGACUUUAGAACUAUUUUGUACUGUGAAUUACGGAUGCUCUUUGAAGGAAAGAAAUAUCGAUUCUCAUGUUCUGCAGAUGCCUGGCAGGGAGAAUCAGGACAUCGCCCGGCACGUAUGCUAAGUGAAAUCAGACAAAUUCUAUUUUCUUACCUGAACAAAUAUUUUAUUGAGACCGCUGAUGUAGGUCAGAGGAGCCCACAACUUCAGCUACACGACUUUUGUAUUGAAAGGACCCAUACUUUUUGUAGCUUUUAUUCCACAUUUAAUUUAAAAAUGACUUUGUAGCACUAAAAUGUCUAGCAGAAGACUUUAGACCUUGAAGGAUAUUUUUAGUUUUUAUGAAAAAUGACACUUCUGUGGUUAAACUUCUCCUGUCUUUGGUGUUUCUGGCCCUGGACACCACCCAACCACAUGGAAACAUAUUUUUGGAAGCAAAACUUUAAUUUUAUAUAACAUAUACUAUGGAGAGCUAAGAAAACUAAAUACUACUUAUUUUCUAUUUUUUGUUCUUAACAAAAUGGAAUCCACUGUGUUGAAGACUCUUGAUACUAUGUGCUUGUCUAACCAUUUUUUAUCGAUUAGGAUAAAAUCUAGUUGUGAUCGCAGACAUUGGAUAGAUUUCUUUGGAAAGUCACAUUCUAUUUGUGAACUUUUUUUUUAAUCAGGAUAAUAAUAUCAACUUUUCAUUAUGUUUUGUUCUCAACUGUAAUACUUGUGACACAAAGAGAUUACAUUGGCUAACAGGAUAAAUUCUGCAAGUAUUUUAUUUCCCAAUGAAUUGUAUAAACGUUAUUUUUAUUGAAGGUUGUAUGUGAAGUCAAUGUUAUGUUCUUUUCCACUUCUUAAGACGGAAGUUCUGAUUUGAAAUUGUAUCAUUUCCUUCAAAAUGAAGGGCAGUGCUUAGUUAAAUAAAAGAUGGAUGAUAUCUUUUAAGCCAUUUCCUCUUCGCUACGUCUUAUUAAAAUAAAGUCUGUCAAGUCCUUUUGAAAAACACUAUAAGGGUUUCCAAUAAACCAUCUAUUAGAAUUCA